AUACGCGAAACGAACACUGAAAUCCAGACCGCAGCAGGUAUUCCGAUAAUAAUUGUACUUAUUAGUAAUAUUAGUGAUUUUGAUGGUGAUAUGUGGCUCGGCACAAGAAGGGCCAAUGUCGAUUUUUUGAAUGAAAUAAAACACUCCGGGGGGUGGGGGGGGUGGGGGGUUGGGAGGGAAAAAAAGAAAAAGUGUACAAUUUUUUUAUUUUCUGAAUAAAAAUUGUUUUGGUUUUAUGUAAAAAUUGAAAAUUGCACAAACGUUUACGUACAACACACGGAGCCUUGCGGUGAGUUACAAUUUCAAAGCCGAUUUCCAAACAAUCACAAAAUGUGACAUUGGUCCUGCUUGCGCCAAGCUACAGAUACAAAUAGUAUUAUAAACGUUUUAUAUUUUUGUCAAUGAAUUGAAUUACGCCGGCAAUCGGACCGAUUUGAAGAACGCACGCGAUCGAAAGCACGCGUUUCUUUCGACGUGACCGUAAAAAAAAAAAAAAAAAACAAAACAAAACAAAACAAACAACGAAAAAAUAGAAUUCGUUUAUCAUAUUUUCGACGUCAGAGUUAAAUACCGAAUCGCUUUUAUCGCUUUCCGCAUUCGACAAACGCCAUUCACAGAGCGCGUAUAGUUUUAUUAAUUUUAUAUCAAUCAACGAUACAGUAUUAAUUAAUUAUUCAAUCAUAUUUAAUAAUUAAUAUCGGGGCGUCUGUUAUUGAUACGGAUUACUCGCGAACAUUGUUAUUGUUACGCGAACAUAAUAUCUGUUACAAAGGUGAGUACAUCUUUGGCCCCAGGGGAGAAGCGAUUAAGUAUGUUUUGCGUAGUUUUCAAUACAAGUGAAUUAAAUUUUGAGUAUUGCUAAAUGGUAUAAUUGCUAAACCGCUUAAUUUCUGUAUAAUAAAUGGAUCGUAUGCAUUAUUCACCUAGAGAAAAUUUCAUCAUAGUAAAUCAAGAUAUUUAAAUAUAACACGACGAACUAGAAUGUAUACACAUAUUUGCGAAUUAAAAUUUAAAAAAAAAAGUGGAGAAAAUUACACAAAAAAAAUUCCGAAAAUCGACUUUGGCGUUUCUUCGAUAGGACUUGAAAAGAACCCGCUUUGAAACCAAAAAAAAAAAAAAAAACGAACCGUCAUACCGACGACUAUAAUUAUAUUUUUUUAGUUAACUCGAAUCCACAAGUGUUCUCCGUUCGAAACGCAUAUUAUAUUCAGGUACAUACAUUUCGAACAGAAUACUGAAGCGAUCUGGUAAUGAUUCAUUAUUUAACCGUUUUUUCCGUGUGUAUUUAAAUAAAUUAUCGAGAUGGUAUUGCACGUAUAACAUAUACAGUUGGACUAUACCAAGCGUAUUCGUUUUUCGGUUUGUAAGUCGGUCGACUAACUAUAUGAUCAUGACGCCAAUGUAUUUUUCAUCGCCGCCGCACACCAUAUACACCUGUAUAUAUACCGUGGCACGGAAAAUGUUCAUCCGAUAAAACAAUAUAAAAGUGACACUAAAAAAAAAAAAAAAAUAAACAAAACUUUUCGGUUUCAGUUAUGACAAACUGUAUUUUUCGUUAAGGGCGUUGGAAACGAUUUUCCGAAUCGUCUCAGAUUUCGUAGAAUUUGAAAACUGUUUUUGUUACCUUUUAUUGGUCACCUUAAUUUUACGAAUUUUUCACUAGUUUACUGUCCGAUACCCGUUUGAGGGGAAAAGUCACGGUCUUUUUUUAUAGACCAAUAUAACGUUUUAGAUUAACAAACUGGAGUAAAAUUCGUUCACUACUUUUUGUCAAAUUUAGAUUUUAAAAACGUAUUUGAAUUCCUCGAUUUCCUGUUCGCAUUAUUUAGAAAACAAUUGUUUUUUUUUUAUUUUGUUAAUUAAAUUGAAGUAUACGAUGUGUUUGCAGUUUUUCUUAUACUAAACUUAUAUACUUAAGUGUCAUAGAAAAAAUAAAUGAAAAUAUUUUCCCUACAAGUCAUAGAAAAAAAUAUAUAAAGUCAAAUAAUUUUUCAAAACAGAAAUCGGAGUACUGUAAGUAGUGACUCCACCUUUCCGGUCAAUAUGUAUGCAAAAACGAAUCGUUUUCAACAGUUUAUUUUGCAAAAAAUACCAUGUAGGCAUCGUACGAUAUUUUUUCUUAAAUAGUACAGCAAUAUUUAAUAAAUUUGAUGUAAAACGUGGUGUUUUUUUAAAAUUUUUACGGACGAUGUCUCAUACCAGAAAUAUUGCCCCAAUAGAAAAACAAAUAAAGACCUUUUUUGUCAUCUAUAAAUCGUCCAGGGAGUUCGUUAUAAGUAAUUGGUGAUCAAAAUAAAAAUUUUUUUUUUUAAAAUAGCCGAACUUCGCUCCAAAUCGUUUUUCGUCAGCAUUGCUUUAUCCCUGUUUACAGAUAUGAAUUAAAUCCCAUAUCUUUUCAAUUUCCCACGGGUGUGUCACAACAGCGGCACACGCGUUUUUAUAUUUUGUUUUAACGUGAAACACGUUAAUAACACUAUAAGUCUAUCGACUACCGACUGUCAUCGUAUAGGAAACCUACAACGUUUAAUAAUACGUCUCGGCAAGCGACCAGAUAAAUAAUUGUAUUAGAGGUGGUGGAUUUAGAGGUUUACUCACCCUGCACGACAACUCUUGGCAAUAAUUCCGCUAUAAAAAUAUAUAUUAUAUAUAGGUGCAGUGUAAAGUAUUAUUAUAUUAUGAAGUAAAAAAAAAAAAAGCACCCAAUUUGUUUUGCGCGGAUAAGAAUAUCAUAACCGGAUAUUAAAAUGUUAGGUAUAUUGCAGUCUAAGUGUGUGGGAUAGAAAAUAUUAAUUAAUUUUACUUGUGAACCAGAGCGAUUUAAUUUAAGCGAUUAAAAACGUGAAGUGUAAAAAUUACCAACUCUUUAAACUCGAGACCCCUUCAAAAAAAAAAACAAAAACAAAAACCGUUUGUUCUUAUAACAGCUUGUUAUUUUGAGCGAUUGGUUAUCAUACGGCGUUUUUACUCGUAAAAUCGGAUACAUUUAAUUUUUUUUACACAUCAAUAACAUAUAUAUAUAUUUAAUUCGAGUGUGACGAGCACAGCUAUUUCUAUAAUUUUUUUUCCGAAAACGUCAUUUUAAAUAUCGCGAAAACUAUCGGAAUAAGAGAGAAAACCGCCGUCGUUUCAACGGGACGCAACGUUCCGCGGCGGCGUACGGAAUUCAACGACGCGCCGAAAACAUAAGCGAACACGCGAAACAGUCCCGGCGCCUGCCGACGCCAGGGAACGUUGACCGUAAACUCGUCUCGCGAUUCGGAUUUCGCGACCGAUUCGGAUGCACGCCGUUCAACCGUAAUGCGAUACGGCCGCGAUCACGGAGCGCGUUAUCAUCACCGUUUACUGGAAACGAUAACGGCCCCUGUCGCGUGGGCGCUCGCCUACCGCGUCCGUGUUAUGUUGAUCACGGCUUUGUCGCCGAACGCAACAAUAUACACCUAUGCAACGGACAAACGGAAAAGAAUAAUAAUAAUAAUAAAAAAAAAAAAAAAAAACCAUUUAACAAGAGACGGUUAUUUUUUUUUUUUCUUUUUUACAUCAUUUUUCGCUAAGAGUUUUUCUGUAUACGCAUUGAAGUUUAUAUUUAAAACUUGACAAUAAUAAUAAUAAUAAUAAAUCGUACCGCGAAUGAAUCGCAGUCGCCGGUCGGUAGAAAUAAAAAAAAAAAAAAAAAAAAAAAAUGAAUAAAAAUCCAAAAGCUAUCAGAGAAAUCGAGUAAACUUUUCUUUUCUCUCUCUAUCCACAAUAGGUUAUUACUUGCGGUUUCUUUUCGUGGCGGGUCGGCGGCGGGGAAACAAAAUAAAAAGACGUUUAUAGAAAAUCCGUCUAAUCCGCGAGUCCCAUAUAAUUUAUUUCGUAAACAUUCCCGUAUAUUAUUUUCCGUGAACCGAAUUACGCGAAUGACGUUCAUACUAUAACCGCGUAUUAUUAUGGACGCGUUUAACGGCGACGACGACGGCGUGCGUUCGGUACAUUUUUUUACUCGUACGCCACUGUCAUAUACCCGCACGGAUAAUAAUUCGAUAGUAAUUCUUUGUCAAUGCGAUUCCCGCGCACGAUACGGGAAACUCGUUUAAAUAUAAUGCGAUCGAGAGUACGUGUAUACGUACGAGUACGUAGGUAUCACGGCGACGACGACGAACUUUCCGAUUGGAUGUACAACUUUGGUUUAUUAUUAUUAUUAUUUUUUUUUUUAGUUUUUGCUUAUCCGCAAACGGAAGACGACGAAAAAUUGAGUUUGUUGUAAAAAGAAAAUAAUAAAAAAAAUUAUUCCCGAGUUGUAUACCUUCCACCUGGGGGGUUUGGCCCGUGUCUGUUACGCGGUUCGGUUUGGAUAUACAGUUGUUUAUUAUAUUUCGCGGUUUUUAUACGUUUACAACCUGCGAACAAUCGGAUAUUAUCAAUCAUUUAAGUUUUGACAUUCGAUACCUACGCGAUACGUACAAUAAAUACAUAAACGGUCGCGUACGUGCGGAUUCCCGUAGAAAACUAAAAAAAAAAAAAAAGAAAAGAAAAAUAGACGAACGGAAGUGGUUUGAGGUUAUACACUAUUCGAGUACCGUACGGUACAAUAUUAUAAUUAUGUUCAUUUUUAAUCACAACCGAGUUCCAUCAAACUUUGAAAAAAAAAAAAAAAAAUUGUAUAUUUUCCUUCUCAUUUUCAAGGGUCCACAUGAUUUUUAAACCGAAUUUAUUGCUGAUAACUGAAUCACGGUCGGACGGUUAUUUUACGAGUUCCGUUUGGAAACCAUCGGACAUUAUGAGCUCUGUGAGGAGAAAUCGUACGGUUCAAAAUGUUUUAGAUUCUGAGCGAAGCGAGAAACGUAUUGGUUUUACAAUGAUGUUAUUUUUUUUUUUUAAAUAAAGUAAAUGAAUAUAGUAAAUAAAUGCACAAAUGCAAAUGUAUGUAUAAAAAUAAAAUGAAUAAAUGAAUCAAUGCGCCACGCCUGGAGUAUUAUGAUAAGUGUAUUACACUAUUGUGUUAUAGUAUCAUAAUAUUAUGUACAUUAUAAAUUAUAAUAGACUUAUCAUAAUACUCCAGGCGACUCAUUGAUUCAUUUAUUCAUUUUAUUUUUGUACGUACAUUUUUAUUUAUAUAAUUAUUCGCUUAAUUUACAUUCGACUAUUAACCGUUUUGAUAAUUUUGUUUUCGCUUUAUUAUUUUGUUGUUUUUUUUUUUUUUUUUUUUUUUUUUCUGUGGACAACUUGUCUGUCAGUAAUUUGGCUUCGAUUUACAACGAUGGCACUUUCUGAGAGCAGAUACUAUACUGGUGGUAUUUUCAUAGAGGUUACCCGGUUGAAAACGAUUUAAGCAAAAGUAUAUAUUGUGGGUCCACGAUACGACGGGCGGACAAAAACAGACGAACAUUGUUUUUUAGACCUAACCGUCGAAUUCAAAUAAUAACAAUAAAUAAAAUAAAAAAAAAAACCGGACAAAUCAUGUUCAACAUGUAGAGUGAAUAAAACCAGUCGAUGCACACUAUGCGGUACACACUUUUGAUUCGUUUUUAAAUUUAACAAUUAACGAACAUUAACAUAUCGAUCGAUUUUAUAGAUUCUGAUCGCACCUAUGAUAGAAAUGUAUUUGAUAUGUGGUUUUGUUUUUAAGUUUAUUAUUUAGAUUCCGAGCGUACAUUUUUUUCCCCUGUCUGUAAAUAACUUUUCUAUCAGAAAUCCCUUGCCGAUCGAAAAAAAAAAUCACGAGUACUUUUUUGUAGCAUUCUAGAUAUAUUUGGUGUAUCGAGGUUGCAAUGUUUUAACUUUCCUGAGUAGUUUUCAUAAUAUUUGAGGAAAAACUGAACAAAAAACAUGUAGGAAUACCGGAGGACAUAUGUACCAUAGUAAAAGUUUCACUAUUUUCGACUUUGUUAAAAUUCGAUUGAAAAUCAAUGUAGAGAACUGACGUUUCUACAGUAUAAGUAAAAAUAGUAUACAGUAAAAAUAUUCAACUCAUUAUUUAUAGAAAUUUGAUAAUUUUGAGUUUUUUUUAUGAUUUAUGUAGAUAAAAUCGUUUGACUGAACAGAUAUAUUUGACAAUUUAAUACGAGAUUUAUAAGUUUUACUUAGUGGUUAUACAAAAAUAAAACAUUUAGCGUAAUGUAGUUUUUUUUUUUUACUUAAGCGUUUUAAAAAAAAUUUAGUUGAAAAUCAUAAAAAUUACGACAUUUCAUAGCAUGCAUAUCCAAACUUCGCUCAUAAUCGUUUUUGGUUGUUAAUAAUUUAUCAUUGCAUACAAAUAUAAAUAAAAUAACUCUAUUCAUCCUACAUUUCCAACUUCCCACUUACGACAGUGGCAUACCCAUCAGCUAAUGCCUUAAUUAUGGGAGCGAAUCAUAAGGAUAGAUCCACUCUCAUGAUUUUUUAAACAUAUAUUAUUAUAAACUACUGUACGAUGUGGCCAUGGUGGCAUGUGGUCUUUUUUGAGGACAAUAACUGUGAAUUUAUUAUACUUUUUUCUAUUUUAAUCAUAAAAUAAAUUUUCUGCAGCAAUCGAAGUCAUCUACAGCGUAACUCCGUCACCGUGAUAUUAAAAAAUAAAUUAUGAAAUAAUGUUUGGAUUUUAAAUUGAUAACUUAUUGUGACUCAAAUAAUCAAAAUUCAACGAGAGUUUAAAGUGACUAAAUUAUCAUUUUCACAUAGUUUAUAUUUUAUUCGUUAAAUAUUUUAUAGUUUUUAACAAAUUCGUAUUAUGGAGCCUGUUACUAUUAAAACGACUUGAAUACUUCAUACAAUAAAAGUAAUCAAAGUGUUAAAAGUCCACGUGAAAAUAAAAAUUCAGAACAUUAUGUCCAUUCAACAAAUACUCAGCUAGUACAAGUAUAAAUGGUACCUAUAAUAAAAAUCGAUAACUGCAUAUUAAUGUGCGUGCUAAAAGAAAAAAAAAAUUAUGAAAAGUUAGGCGUUUAUUUGUAAGUCGGUGAGGAGAAGUUGUGGGGAGCAUAACUCCCAUGGGCCUGUAAACAAAUUUGUUCGUCAACCGUCCUCUAGAAAAAAAUCCUAAAUACGCCACUGCAGGCCAGCAUCAACAGAAUCGGCUUUGUUUUCCCCAUAGGUGCAACAUAAAUAUUAAUUUGUUUUGUACUAUUCGUUGAAUACAUACAUUUCUUAAUGUUUUCAUUUCUUAUAAAAUAUUACAUAUGGACAAAAAAUUUAUUUGAAUAAGAUUUUUUUAAAUUUUAAAUUUGAAUUAUUAUAGAGGUGGAUAAUAAAAACGAAUUUUCUGGUAAGCCGAAUUAUAAUUAUCACGCAUAGUCAUUGUAAGUAUAAUGUUUUUGUUUUACUUAUGCCGUAUUCAAUUCCACAGUAAUACUUAACAAAAUGACCUAUAAUGCAUAAUAAGUACUUUUAUACAUUUUUACACAAUAAUUAUUCGUUAGUAUUUGAAUAGUUUUUCUUAUUUUUUUUUUUUUCGCUCUCUUUAUUUCUCACUUUUUUAAAAUAUAAUGCGAUAAAUAAAAUACAAUAUUCGAAAUAUUAUCGAAUUUCACCUCCUUUGAACAGACGUUUUAUAAUUUAUGUCUGUACGCAUAUUAUAUAAAACUGAACGGCAUUACAGUCGGGUAUACUUAUUAUAAGUUAUUUUUUAAGUUAAUAAUUCUGUUAUUAAUAAUAUAUAUUUUAUACAAUUCGAAAACGUUACGAACCGUUCCGUUUCGACUAUUAUUUAUGCCUGCAAUGUAAAAGGCGAUGUUAAAUAAUAAGCUUUCGGUAUAUAAAAUUACCGGUAAUUCAGAUUAUUUGUUAGUAUAUACACAUUAUAUAUUGAUUAAUAUUAUUGUAUAGUUGAAUAUUCUAAUGGUUUCCUUGUAUAAUCAAACGUGUUAUUUCUAUUACGGUGCGCUGUUAUUCGAAUAAUACCGUUCCUCCUUUAUCGCAGUACCCAUAGGUAAACAUUAUAAUGCCAUUCUUGUAGUCCACUAUUAUUCGGUUGAAUUCGCCGGGUACCUAACUGGAUACUAAAACAUGCAAUCCUACUAAUUAUACGAAGAAAAAAAAAAAAUCGCAUAAUAUAAGUAUAUCAUUGAUUCCAGGGAAGCAAGGCUUAAGUCGACCACAUAAACAAACAAAAUUACGGAUACAUGGAAAAUCAUGGUAUUGAUUAUGGAAACGAAAAUUGCAUAACAAUAGAAACGUAAAACGUAUUGACCUGGGACCGACGAUACAUUUGAAAAUUGAGAAAUUGUAUAGGUAAUAUACUCGCAUAUUUUAAACGGUGCGUACUGAACGAGAAAUAAAUGAAUCUCGGUGCGCCAGCGAUUUUUGAAUCUCGAAAUAUUUAACCGGGGCGGACGGUGUAUAAUUUUAUUAAAGUAAAAUUAUACCCCCCCCCCUCAGCAAACCGCCAGGCAGUAGGAUACAUAACGUUAUUUCAUUUAUAUUUGUUAACAACGAUAAACUAUUGCUUGACGAAAGACAAUUCCGAGUGCGGUUCGGCAAUACAUAAUUGGAAGUGCCGUAACUUUUUUCGCGAUUUUCGUUUAAAUUUGAUUUUAAAACGCUUAUUAAAAAACCCAAAAGCCGUUCGAUUAUUUUGGAAAUUUUACCACGUCUAGGUAAGUCCAAUAUAAGUAUUAUUAACAAAUUUCAAGUCUUUACGUGUACUUAUAACCGAAUUACAGCAAAAAGCUCCCGAAAAUUAAAAUGCCUUAAAUACUCAAAAAUGCUCAAAAGUUUUGACGGUUAUACCGUUAGAAAGUAAAUAAAAAAGGAAACAAAAAAGAUAUUUUGUGAUUUUUUCGUGUAGAAAACGUCAUCCGUGUUAAAAAUAAUGAAAUCGUGAAAUUGUACUUUUUCCUACGUUUUUUCUUACUGAAAUGCUUUCAUUUAAAAAAUGGCGUAGAAAAUCAAAAAAUAACCUCUUAAAAGUACGGUCUAGACAACUAGAGAUUUCAGAAAAUUUGCUAUACGUAAAACUCAAAACAAGUUUACUAAGAAAAAAUGUGUUCUCAGAUUAGAAGAAGAAGAAGAAAAAAAAACAUCUUAGUAAAACUAAUAGCUCCCUCGCUACGCCCGGAUUUAAAAAAAUGCUGAUAGGUAUUGCUGAUGGGUGUGCCACUGUUGUAUGUGGGAAGUUGGAGAAAUAACAGAUUUAAGGUUAUUUUAUUUGUAUCCGUAGGGAACGAUGAAUCAAUAUUGACGAAAUAUGAUUCUGAGCAAAAUUUGGUUAAACAUCAUGCUCCGAAAUUCCGUAAUUUUUACGAUAUUCUUCAAAAUUUGAACUUAAAUCGCGUAUAAAAAAACUUCUACAUUACGUUCGGUAUUUUUUUUUCCAAUAAGUACAAUUUAUGAAGAACCCUAAGUAUAAUUUUCAAACAUUAAAACAACACAUAUAAAACAAAUAACCAACAUUAAGUAAAACACCGCGAAAAAUCCAAAUGUCUAUAUAAAUAACUGAAAAAACAAAAUAAAAACUUUUAUUGCCUUUUUUAAUUAUUUAUAAGUAUUUUAAUGUUUACAUUCUCUGUUUUUCUACAUUUUUUACAAUUAUUAUAAAAACUACACAAAAAUCAAAAACUGACUUUCUUAUUCGUCAUCUAGGUCCAAAUUUAAAAUAAGAACUUGUAAUUUUUCGAUUGAAGCAAGAUUUGUGAUAGAAAAGUUGUUCUCAGAAAAAAAAAAAUAACCACACACAUAAUANGUACGCAAUGAUUAACCAUUGCUAACGAAAAACGAUUCUGAAUAGAGUUCGAUUAAUAGCGUUGCUUUGUCAACAAAAUAUACGUGAAACUGUAUUAAAUUAAUUAUGUAAUAAUUCAUUGUAUAUUUUCUUUAAUAAUAUUGUUUUAAAACUGUAUCUAUUUUCCGGUUUUUCCCAUAUUUUUUUUCAAAUUCAUUAAGAAAACUUGUGGAAAAAUAAAAAAUGACCUUCUUAAAAAUAAAUAACACAUACUUAAAUACCAGUAGUAUACAGAGUGAUUCUUUUAUCACGGAUUUCCGGGGAUUUGAUCUACGAAGAUUUCGCAGUAAACGUUCUGUUUUGAUUUUUCAAACAAAUUUUAGCAGUCGCAUCGAAAACGUAAAAUAAUUAUUGUUAAAAUAUGAAAAAAAUAUUCUCUUUUCGAAUCGGAAUGUAAAAACAUAGUAUGGAAUAAUGAUUCGAAAACAUUCGAAUCAUGAUUGCGGAGAAAAUUAAACAAAAGUGACCUUAAAUACUUGCAUAAUAUACAAUCCCAUCGAAAUAAAAAAUGUAGCCAAAUGACCCACGUGAGAUACGUAUAAAGUUAAAUAUUCAAACACUAUUAUGUAAGUUCAAAAUGUCGGAGCUACAGCUAAAUUCGAAAUUUCCUAGCUAGAUCAUUUUUCUAAUGAUUCAUUAACCUAAAAUCAGUCAGUGAGUAUUCAGAACUAUUGUGAUAUUCGGACAUUCGUAAUAUAUCUCGGAAACUAAUCCGGUCGGACGUAUUCGGAAACCAUAUGCGAAAAAGUCCACUCCUUAAACAUAACUAGUCUCGGAGACAAAGGAGUUAGGGGUUUGGGUCGAAAAGCGCACGAAGUGGUCCGUGUAAAUAUUGCAUACGCAACCCUGGCUCGCCUAAAUCGACGAUAAGAAAAUCACUCUGUACACAAUACGGACACUCGUACACCGGAUACCGCAGUGACUUUUUUCUUGUCCUUUUCCGCGUCAGUUCCAACCCGGAAACGUUUCCUUUUCAAACGACCCUAAUCGCGCUAUUUACGUUUUUACCGCGACAUUCAUAAUAAUAUAUUGUCCUCGCUAUCUGCUAACGAUAUUCACGCUGCGGCCUAUAAGUGCAGGUCGACGGUUAACUCACCGGAAUCGAAUCCGAGUAUACGUUUAACGUAAGAUUCGAGCCAAUAUUGCUGAUGUUAAGCCAAUAUUUUUCUCCGGGGGAAUCGCAGCCGUACCGAUAAAUUCCUCUUCAAUCGGUCAGAAGAUCAACGCGAGAAUCGUACCAUUAAUAAUUAAGAUGACAAGGUAUUAUAAUUAGGCAUGUGAUGGUCGUGGAAAGUUAAUGAAUAAUUUUCAAAUUUUACAAAAUUGUAGAAAAAUUAGAACACUUUCCCCUCAAGAUAUUAUCCAUGCGCCGCGUGAUUUAUGGCGGCUUGUCUUUGGACAUAUAAUAUUAUUAUAAUAGGUAUCAAACAGAGGGCAUUUUGUUACCGUCCCGUCGCUGCUGUCGUGCGAUUUAGGAUUCGGAUUACCGCGGGUCAUUAAAACUCUUGAGUGACAGCCGAACGAAUAUGAUACGGUUAUCAGUAUACCUAUAUAAAAUCUAUAACGUCAUCUGGGCAAACGAAUUUUUGUGUACACUGCACGUCUUUAUACUUUGUUUUUUUUUAUUAUUAUUACUAUCGACGAGUAUAUAUGAUAUUAUAUUAUAAUACGUUCACCGAGAGAAACACCGGUUUCAACGUUAAGAGGCAGUAAGAUUUCAUUUUGAUUUCGAUCAAAACUUUCGAGAAUAAUAAAUUUCCAACGAAAGCAAGCGCAAUAUAAUUGGAGUUUUGAUAGAGUGUGUAUUUGAAUAAAAGAUCAACUUUAAAAUUUAAAAUUAUUUAAUCUUUUUAAAAAUAAGUAUACAUAUAUAUAUAUUUUUUAUUUUUUUAAAUUUACAUAAAUAUAAUUAAACUAUCAUAGUAAAUUGUAAUAAUCACUGAUAUUAUAAUAUUGUAAUGUUGUAGUACUAAGAAAAACUAAUUAAAAUCGAAUUUCGAAAAAAAAUCACUUGAAUCGUAAACCAAAUUGAAUGUUUAUGCAAAUGAAUCAAUUAUUUAUAAACAAUUUUGAUUAUACGAUGAAAAUGUAAACUAGUUAAUUUAUUUUAUAAUUAGAUUUUUCUGUUAAAGAAAUAUCGCCUGUUUUUGUCAAAUUUUUCCCGAAAAUCGAUGCUAUAAUAUUAAUUUAUACCAAUAUUUUCCCUGGUACUUUUGGACAUUUUUAGCGAGUUUCUCUGGACCAAACAAACUCUAGAUAAUGAAUCAGAGUUUUGUUUUAUAGGCGAAUCAAGGAAAUAUUUGAAUAUAGAUACUAACUUUACCAUGUUGUUGGGGGAAAAGGUUUAGUACAUCCGUACAGAUCCCCCAAGUUAAGUCAGAAGGAUGAUAUUUUCCAUGUGCACGGUGUAAGUAUCGAUGAUGUGUUUUAUGAUGGUUUCGACUUUCGGCUCCUACCCAACCAUUUCUAUGUUCAGUUUUAGUUUCUCAUCGGAAAUACUGGAUUUUAAAUACCUUUAAAGACUUUGAAAAGAAAGUCAUUUAGUAAUAUUUUGCAUAUAUAUAUAAAUAGAAUUGUUGUCAAAGAUACCGUGAUUUUAGAAGAUUUGAUCUUCACACCACUGGCUCUAGCGUUUUGUAUAUUAGAAAAAAUCUCGAAAACUAAUUUAUCUGAUUUGAUUAAAGUUUUUCGUCAAAUACUUUAUCAUUACCAGAACUUCAUAUAAUGCUUUUUUUACUUGGAAGAUAAGAGAAGUAGUAGACUGUGAAGUAGUAGAGAGAAAGAGGUAGACGUAGAUAUUAAGUGAUUAUAGAUUGUAAACAGAAAUUAAAUUUAUUUGAGUAUAAAUAUAAUAUUAUUAAAAUACCUACUAAUUUAGAUUAUUAUUAAAAAAAAAAAGCCUAAUAUAAUAAAAACGGGAGCAGCUACUGUUAUAGGUAAUUUGGUAAGCAACGAUAAACCGUUGCUAACGAAAAAAAUGAUUCUGAGCACAGUUCAGUUAAUAGUGAUAAUUUGUCAACAAUAUAUAUGUCUUAUUAUGGUAAAAUAAUUGAAUAGGCGUUAUAUAGUUUUUUCAGUAAUAUUUGUUUGAUAUUAUAUCAAUUUUACUGUUUUCCUGUGUUUUUCUCGGUUUUUCACAUUUGCUGAAGAAAACUUUUGGGAAAAUUGAAAAGUAACCUCCCUUAAGUAUCUAUUCCCAAUUAGAUUUCCUUUCAGAAUAAGUGCUGUAAUUGUAAAUUGGAGUGAAUUGCUGGUAAAAAAGUUGUCCACAGAAAAAAAAAAAUCGUAAUAUUUUACUAAUAUAUUUCGUACAUUAUCCGUUUUCUGACAUUUUAUCCCAGUUUUUCCCAGAUAUUAUGAAAACCGCUUGAAAAAACAAAAAAUAAAUACUUAAGCAAUUUGUUAAAAAAUUAAAUAUUAAAAAUAACAAUAGUCUAUUUUCAUUACACUAUAUCCAGCCCGACGGUAGUGGCGCGAAGCUAAGUAAAAAAGAAAAAAUAGUGUAGUGGCCACUAACGUAUGGUAACAGGAAAUCGAGUUGUAACAUUGAAAAAUCGUGCUGAUUUGUGUUUAUACCAUAGGCCAGUUCUACAGGUCAAACGGCUUAACAUAUAAGGUCAUAUAAAGUAUCAAUCGAUCAGAAAUAUCGCGCAGAUGGGAACAGGGGAACUCGCAAGUAGAUUGGCUCGAUGGAUGAAAAGUUACAACCGAAAAUGUACAAGUACUUUCAAGUCCGAUUUUUCAUACGCGACGAAUGUGUCGUAAAAAGUCUACUCUCGUUGCUGCGGCGAGGACGACGCCGGACCCUCUGUUAUUAGAUUUAUAUUUAACGACUAGUUUCAAAUUCAAAAUUCAUUUUCAGGCUUAACAAAGUAAAAUAACAGCUAAUUUUUUUUCGGAAAAAAAUCACGUCAAAAACAUUUCGUUUUAACUCCGUGUAAAAAAAAAAAAGAAAAAAAAAAAAAGCUAUGUUGUAACAAAUUUAAUUUAAUAACAAUAAAAUCUUUAAAAGACGUGAUAUAAUAUGAAAACUAAGUAAAAUGCCAUUUUAUAACAUUAGAAAGUACCUAUGACGAUCAAUAAGAUUAGUUGUAAAGUUAUACACAUAGUUCAACAUAUUGUUUGUAAAUUAUUAAUUUAUUUACGAAAUUUACUAUAGUGGUUACUUAUUUGUAUUUAUUUAAGUAUACACUAUAUACACAAGUAUGUAUAUACACGUCCUGCCAAGUAGUUAAACAAUAUGUUAACCAAGUAUUUAACUUUACAAUAAUUGAUCUCAUUUUGUCGUCAUAGGUAUUUGUAAUAUUAUAAAACGGGAUUUUACUUAGUUUCCAUAUUAUAUCACAUCUUUUAAAGAUUUAAUCAUUGCUGAAUUCAAUUUUUUUUAACUUGGCUUUUUUUUUUUUACACGGAGUUAUAACGAAGUGUUUUUGGUGUGACAAUAUAUACUCGUGUAAUAUAUUAUUACAUAGGAUCGAGCUCGAAUGAAAACCUUACUUAACCCAGUUUUGAUCUUUCAAUCACUCAUUCCGUACACUCGGUAAACAAUGCAUUAUUCGAACGAAAACAAUAACAACAACAACAACAACAACAAUAAUAACAACAAAAACAACUACACUGGUGAUGCACCGAAUAACAAAUGUAAAUUUGCAAUAAAAUCGAUAUAAUCGAGACGAAAAACCCGAAGAAUAUUAUUAUAUUUUAUGGACUGUAGUCGUUGAAUAACGUGUGCUUCGAGGAGGUGGAGGGGAUGGCGGGGAAGGAAGGGAUUAGGUUUAUUGAUAAUCGAGCGGGGUAAGUUAUAUUGUAAAAUAUACGUGCACGGGACAUUUCCAUAGAAAUAACAAUAAUAAUAAUAAUGAAAAUAUCCACUCGGUGUUGAACAAAAAAAAAAAAAAAAAAUUGUCCGCGUGUUCUAUUUUUACCCGUAUUAUUAUUGUCCGAGGACCGCGUCGAUAAUUAUUGUGCGGACGAUCGUAACACUGACGCGUAAAAAAAAAUAAUAACAAUAAUGAUUAAACAAAUCCGUAUCCGACGGAGUCCCUUUCUCUGUAGCUGGAUACCGUAUACGACCCCUUUAGAAAACAAACGGACGUCCCAUCGUUGUUUCCGUCUGAAAUCUUGAUUUUCAUUUCCAUUAAUUCUCGUUUCCGUCAAAACAAAAAAAAAAAAAAAAAAAAAAAAAAUUGUCCGCGUGUUCUAUUUUUACCCGUAUUAUUAUUGUCCGAGGACCCCUGGUCGUAAUAAAAAUAUAAAUCUAUAACCAGUGCUAUAGUUGGAUGUCGGGAUUCGGGAUAAACCGUUUGAUAUUGAAGUAUUGUGUGUAAACGACAGUGCAUGUAAAGUAUAGUAAUUAUAAUACUAUUAGUUGUGAUAAUAGAACAGAGAGAAAAAAAAAGAGACUUGUUAAUACUUCAAACAAUCAUUCGCACUCGUCGAAUAUAGACAAAGGAAACCUUUUCUGGAAUACGCGUUUUUUUUUUUUUUUUUAUAAAAAAAAUCGUGCAACAAUAGUUAUUCAAAAAAAUAUUAACAAAAAUUAAAAAUAUAAUUGAAUUGUUAGACAUUUGUACCUUUUCGCGGUGGCCCCUAAAUACUUAAACUAUAAUUUAGAAAAGUAGAAAAAGAUGUGGCGGAAAACAAAAAUCGAAUCUUUUUCGUUUUGGCGAAAACGAAAAUAAAAUGUUUGACGUGGAAACGAUGACCGUAAAAAUAACUGUUGCGGAUCGACAGUAAACUAUGUGUAAUAUCGAUUUUCAGUAGUUUUCUGUAAUCACUCUAAGUAAACUACUUGCUAAAGUCAGCCAAACGCGAUUUGUCCGUGUGAUUUUGGAAGCUUUCGAGAUGGGGCGAGACCCUUUUCGAUCAAAACCGUAUACUUCUCUUUUCGGCCGAUUCAAUUUUCAUCCAAUUCAAUUCGGCCAAAACAUUACUAAGUAACCCAAGCGUGUCGUACACAUUGGAAAGUAUAAAAUAUUCAAAAAGGAAAGUUUAAUUUAUACACAUAAAAAAGAUUUAUAAAUAGUAUUUUUAUGUUAACAUGUCGUAUACCCGCUUAUAGUUUUAAACAAUUCAAUCAAUGGCGAUGAAGCUGCGAUAAAGUAAUGAAAAUCCGUUGAUAUUUAUUAUUUUGGUAUUUAAUUAUAAGUAUCAGCUCUUGUGACCGACUAAAACUACUGUUACUGUUUAGGGUGAACGCUAAACGCUAAAAAGGUUUUGAAAAAAAAAUAGGUACUUGAGGUUUUUUUCUGAAAAUAUACAUUUUUAUUUUCUCAUAUUAUUAUUAUAAAUUAUCUUUUUCACUAGAAAUCUUACUCACCUACAUAUUUAUGGUUUGUUUGAACAGAGAGGAGUGCGAUUUCGGUCGAAAAUGGUUAUGCCCUAAAAAUUUGAUUUUAUAGAAGGAUGUUGAAAAUUAGCUGAAUGGACAGAAUAACUAAUAAGGAGGUGCUUGAAAAAAUUUUGGAAGGAAAACUAUUUUGAAAAAGUACGGUAAAAAGACGGAAUGAAUGGACAGGACAUAUAAGUUGGCACGAAGGAUUACUGAGACUAAUUGUGGAAGGAAUUGUGGAAGGAGAGAAUCGUAGAGGAAGCGCAAGACUAGAAUACAUCCAACGGCUAAAAAGAGAAUAAGGGUGCGAUUCAUAUGUGCAAAUGAAAAAGAAAGCUGAUAGUAAAAAAGCGUGAAAAUUGGCUGUAAACCGAUUUUCGGAUUGAAACCAUUGAGAAAAAGAGAUAUAGAGAGAGAUUUGUCCAAAAAGGUUCCUAAAAAAUCCGAAGUAGUUCCAUCCAGUAGCGGAGAUUUCUAAAAUGAUUCUGUUAUUUGCGAAUAACGUCAUAAUAAGUACCAACUGUAAAAAUUGAAAAACUAAAAACUAAUUAUUGAUGCGUCAUUACAGUGAUUACAGUGACCGGCCGACAGUGACCGCGAGUGGGCGGAACGAUGGCGGACUGCGGCAGCGGUCAACUCGUGCGAACCUUUCGGAGUGCGGACGCGAUGAACUACACGGAGAUGGCGGUCAACGGCACGGACGCGGUCGCGGCGUCGGCCGAGUACUGGGUGCAGUUGACGUCCGGCGAACGGUUCCCGUUGUUCGUGGUGCUGAUGCUGUUCUGCAUGGUGACCGUGUUCGGAAACUGUCUGGUGAUCAUAGCCGUUGUCCGGGAACGGUACCUGCACACGGCCACCAACUACUUCAUCACGUCACUGGCGUUCGCCGACUUUCUCGUGGGUCUGGUCGUGAUGCCGGUGAGCGCCGUGCACGAGGUGUUCGACCAUUAUUGGACGUUCGGCAUAAACGCGUGCGACGUCUGGCGGUCGCUAGACGUGCUGUUCAGCACCGCGUCCAUACUGAACUUGUGCGUCAUCUCGCUGGACCGGUACUGGGCCAUCACGGACCCGUUCACGUACCCGACCAAAAUGAGCCGGAAACAGGCGUACCGGCUGAUCGCGGCCGUUUGGGUGUGCAGCAGCGUCAUCAGCUUCCCGGCCAUCGUGUGGUGGCGGCUGGUCCGCGCCGAACCCGUGCCCGUGAACACGUGCCCGUUCACCAACAGCAUCGGUUACUUGAUAUUCUCGUCGACCAUAUCGUUUUACGUGCCGCUGCUGGUCAUGGUGUUCACGUACUACAAGAUCUACACGGCGGCCGUCACGCAGACCCGCUGCCAGCGGCUGGGCACCAAAGUGCUCUCGUCGUCCACGCCGUCGUCGGGCGGCGGUGCCGGGGGCGGCGGCUGCGGCGGCGGUUGCGGCGGCGGCGGCGGCGGCGGCGGCAGUGGCGGCAGUGGCGGCAGCGGCGGGGCCGGGGGCGGCGGAGGCGGCGGCAGCGGCGGCGGUCGCAUGGAACUCACGCUGCGCAUACACCGGGGCGGCGGUACGACCACUUCGGCGUCCGCGGCCGGCUACUCCACGCGCGCCCAACAGCUGCAGAAAAACUUCUCGCUGAGCCGGAAGCUGAGCAAGUUGUCGCGCGAGAAGAAGGCGGCCAAGACGUUGGGCAUCGUCAUGGGCGUGUUCAUCGUGUGCUGGCUGCCGUUCUUCGUCGUGAACCUGCUGUCCGGGUUCUGCGACGAGGUCUCUUGCGUGUUCAAGGACCCGCUGCUCUCGUCCGUGGUCGCGUGGCUAGGAUGGAUCAACAGCGGCAUGAACCCGGUCAUCUACGCGUGUUGGAGCAGGGAUUUCCGCAGGUAUGAUCCGUCGAAUACGAUUGUAGUCGCGAAAUUUUAUCAUGCGCAGUUCCACGCGAUCCGUUUUUAUCAAAAUAUUUCGAAAACCGUCGUUGACCGACGACGAAACCAUAAAGCCGAAAUGGUCAAAAAAACAUUUCAAAAACAUAUUCCGGGGCUUUCGUUUUUUUUUUUUUUUCUCGGAUCGAAUCCGAAAGUAAAAACUCUAAUCGGUACUCCAUUCGGUGACGGCUAUUUGAAACGUUCAAAAUGGCUAGUGCCGAAUCUGAAAGCUGCAAAUCGUUAUGGCGAAAACGUUGUUUACGCGCCGCGAUGCCGAACGUUUCGAUCAAAGUCUUACACCUUCGUUCGCAUUGAAACGAUCCGUUACGCAGGCACACUAAAAUCUAUCAAUGGUAUUAAAAUAAUUUAUUAA